GCCCAUAGUACGUAAUUGAGUUCCGCCAUUUUGUAUGCUUUUCUUCCCCAAAGGACUUUUUUGCGUUUUAUCUUUCGAUUCUUCAUUUCUUUUUUCUUUUUUUGCUUCCCAUAUGUUUACAUCGAUAUGCUCAAAGUUGUACUCUAAGACCCCUUCUAUACAUGAUGGUAUAAUGGCCUUGUAUCUCCGGCUAUCAUACUCGAUACAUCUGGUAUAUCUCUGGUAUCAGUUCUGGUUCCUCUUGAUCCCGACCGGCCAAAUGAUAUAACAUCUCCGAGUUAAAAUGCAAGAAAAACCAGUGAAGUCCGACAAGUCUAGAUACUCGAGAAGAACUCCGACUCUUGAGUAAUGCAGUAACGACGCCGAAAAGCCAAAACCCCUUGAUCGAGCUACAACGCCAAAAAAUGCAAAUGC